AUGAAACUGCAGCGUCAGGCGAUGCAGAGAGCAGCCAAAGAGCUAAAGCUGGCAUGUCGGGUGAUGUUGGAGCUGAUUCUGCUGCGCCGGUGCUUCCCCGUCAUAGUGACCGGGUCGUACCAGCACCGGCGGGCGUGGGAACAGCUGGCCGGCUCCGGCAGGGAGGGCAUCUCCUCUCUGGAGCAUCCGCUGGAAGGGAGUAGGGGACAGUCACCCCAGUUCCACUGGCGAGACCACUACUGGAUAGCCCUUCCUCAUUUUGUGAAUCUCAGCAUUAUGAAUUCAACAUUAUCGGAGAUUGACACAGUAGAAUACUGCUUUGAGGACAUGAACAAAUCCUGUAUAAAAGAGCACAGAACUGUUGGUAUGAAGGUAGCUAUGUAUUUUGUGUUUGGUCUUACGAUGAUAAUCACAAUAUUUGGAAACCUGGUUGUUAUGAUUUCAAUAACCUAUUUUAAGCAGCUUCACACACCAACAAAUAUGCUUGUACUGUCACUAGCCCUUGCAGAUUUUCUGCUGGGGAUGUCUGUGAUGCCUUUCAGCAUGAUCAGAUCUGUUGAAACCUGUUGGUAUUAUGGAGACAUGUUUUGCCAGCUGCACUCCAGUUUUGAUAUGUUUCUGACUACAGUUUCAAUUUUCCAUCUGAUAUUUAUUGCUCUAGAUCGCUAUCAGGCUGUGUGUAAUCCACUGCAUUAUUAUUCAAAAAUUACAAAUCGUGUUGCUUGGCUGAUGAUUGGUGUAAGUUGGGGAGUUGCUGCAAUAUAUACAUAUGGACUUCUAUAUUCCAGAGGCAAUGCAGAGGGUUUAAAUGAAUAUGUAUCAAGUACAUAUUGCUUAGGAAGUUGUGUACUUUUUUAUAAUGCAUUAUGGGGGUCACUGGACACAUUGAUUGCAUUUUUCCUGCCUUGUUGUAUUAUGGUGGGUUUGUAUACAAAAAUAUUUUUCAUAGCCAGGAAACAUGUAGUACAAAUUGGCACAAAGACUGAUCAAGAAAAAAAAGACAGAUUUUCUGAGAAAUCUGAAUGGAAAGCUGCAAAAACACUAGGUAUUGUGGUUGGUGUUUUUAUACUCUGCUGGAUGCCUUUCUUUGUUAAUUCCAUUAUAGAUCCUUUCACUAACUUUUCUACCCCUGCAAUUCUCUUUGAACUCUUUGUCUGGCUAGGCUACUUCAAUUCUACCUUAAAUCCAAUCAUUUAUGCAUUCUUUUAUCCUUGGUUCCAGAAAUCACUAAAACUUAUUGUUACAUUCAGAAUAUUUACCAAACAUUCUUCUAGUACAAAAUUGUUUUCUGAACAAAUCUAA